AUGGCUGCUCUCGCUAACGCUGCUGUGCUCCCGUCCACCUUCGUCGGGCAGAGCGCUGAGCUCGCCGCCAAGGUGAACAAUGUCGAGGCCCGCGUGACGAUGAGGAAGACCGCCAAGGCGGCUUCCAGCAGCGCCUUCUACGGCCCCGACCGCAACCUGUUCCUGGGCCCGUUCUCUUCCCCCCCGUCGUACCUCACCGGCGAGUACCCCGGCGACUACGGCUGGGACACGGCGGGUCUGUCCGCUGAUCCCGAGACCUUCGCCAAGAACCGCGAGCUGGAGGUGAUCCACGCUCGGUGGGCUCUGCUCGGCGCGCUCGGCUGCCUGACCCCUGAGCUGCUGGCCGGCAACGGCGUGAACUUCGGCGAGGCCGUGUGGUUCAAGGCCGGCGCGCAGAUCUUCUCCGAGGGUGGCUUGGACUACCUGGGCAACCCCAGUCUGAUCCACGCGCAGUCCAUCCUGGCCAUCUGGGCCACCCAGGUCAUCCUCAUGGGUGCCGUCGAGAGCUACCGCGUGGGUGGCCUUGAGGGCUUCCAGGAGGUUGAGGACCCCCUGUACCCCGGCGGUGCCUUCGACCCCCUGGGUCUGGCCGACGACCCCGAUGCGCUUGCGGAGCUGAAGGUGAAGGAGCUGAAGAACGGCCGCCUCGCCAUGGUGUCGAUGUUCGGCUUCUUCGUGCAGGCCAUCGUCACCGGCAAGGGCCCCCUGGAGAACCUGUCCGACCACCUGGCUGACCCCACCGUCAACAACGCGUGGGCCUAUGCCACCAACUUCACCCCCGCUAUUGGCACCACUAGCCUCAAUGAUGGUCAGCAGCGCCUCCUUAUUCUCUUGCAUCACUGCCAGUACCGUCUCACAGCAGCGCUGACUAGCGUGGGUGCACUUGCUAUUGUGACAGCAGCACUGACUAGCGUGGGUGCACUUGCUAUUGUGACAGCAGCACUGACUAGCGUGGGUGCACAUGUGACAGCAGCACUAACUAGCGUGGGUGCACUUGCUAUUGUGGCAGCAGCACUGCCUAGCGUGGGUGCACUUGCUAUUGUGGCAGCAGCACUGCCUAGCGUGGGUGCACUUGCUAUUGUGACAGCAGCACUGCCUAGCGUGGGUGCACUUGCUACUGUGACAGCAGCACUGACUAGCGUGGGUGCACUUGCUAUUGUGACAGCAGCACUGACUAGCGUGGGUGCACUUGCUAUUGUGACAACAGCACUGACUAGCGUGGGUGCACUUGCUAUUAUGGCAGCAGCACUGCCUAGCGUGGGUGCACUUGCUAUUAUGGCAGCAGCACUGCCUAGCGUGGGUGCACUUGCUAUUAUGGCAGCAGCACUGACUAGCGUGGGUGCACUUGCUAUUGUGACAGCAGCACUGACUAGCGUGGGUGCACUUGCUAUUGUGACAGCAGCACUGCCUAGCGUGGGUGCACUUGCUACUGUGACAGCAGCACUAACUAGAGUGGGUGCACUUGCUAUUGUGACAGCAGCACUGACUAGCGUGGGUGCACUUGCUAUUGUGACAGCAGCACUGACUAGCGUGGGUGCACUUGCUAUUGUGACAGCAGCAUUGACUAGCGUGGGUGCACUUGCUAUUGUGACAGCAGCACUGACUAGCGUGGGUGCACUUGCUAUUAUGGCAGCAGCACUGCCUAGCGUGGGUGCACUUGCUAUUGUGGCAGCAGCACUGCCUAGCGUGGGUGCACUUGCUAUUAUGGCAGCAGCACUGCCUAGCGUGGGUGCACUGGCUAUUAUGGCAGCAGCACUGACUAGCGUGGGUGCACUUGCUAUUGUGACAGCAGCACUGACUAGCGUGGGUGCACUUGCUAUUGUGGCAGCAGCACUGCCUAGCGUGGGUGCACUUGCUAUUAUGGCAGCAGCACUGCCUAGCGUGGGUGCACUUGCUAUUGUGACAGCAGCACUGACUAGCGUGGGUGCACUUGCUAUUGUGACAGCAGCACUGACUAGCGUGGGUGCACUUGCUAUUAUGGCAGCAGCACUGCCUAGCGUGGGUGCACUUGCUAUUAUGGCAGCAGCACUGCCUAGCGUGGGUGCACUUGCUAUUAUGGCAGCAGCACUGCCUAGCGUGGGUGCACUUGCUAUUAUGGCAGCAGCACUGACUAGCGUGGGUGCACUUGCUAUUGUGACAGCAGCACUGACUAGCGUGGGUGCACUUGUUAUUGUGGCAGCAGCACUGCCUAGCGUGGGUGCACUUGCUAUUGUGACAGCAGCACUGACUAGCAUGGGUGCACUUGCUAUUGUGACAGCAGCACUGACUAGCGUGGGUGCACUUGCUAUUAUGGCAGCAGCACUGCCGAGCACUGACUAG